AUUACGAUUUAUUUAUAUCAGAUGUGAUAUUAAUAUAUUUGAUUAAUUUGUGUAAUUUCUGUCUAUAGUAUUGCGGACAAUUAUUCCAGACGGUGGAAUGUUCCACCCUUAAGUUUCCCGCGGGAAUUGUUUUCGUGGCGCACCCGUGAAGCUGUCAACCAGGAAGGUGGCACAACUUUUUUCGGUGUCUUUCCUGACCGGAGAUGAGCAUGACUACCCUGUUGGUUUUCUAGUAGCUCGGGAGAAGACGACGGACAUACAGAAUGACACAAAAUCUCGUGGCAGGGAUGGAGACGUCCGCCAUCUCCGUCCUGAAGCGGGCGGUGGAGCUCGACCACGGCGGCCGCUUCCAGGAGUCUCUCGUCUGCUACCAGGAGGGCAUCCAGCUGCUCAUGGACGUGUUAAAAGCUGUGAAAGAUGACUCAAAGAGAGGCCACUUCAGGGAGAAGAUAAAGGGCUACAUGGAGCGAGCGGAGCAAAUCAAAGUGCACGUGAACCAGAUGAAGGAAGAUGGGAAGUACCACGAGCAGAUUAGAAUAUCAGAGGAUGCUACUGGUUACAGCUACGAGGUUCUGUUCAAGCCCUACAUGAGCGGUUUACUCACAGAAGUCUGGGUUCAAGACCCUUACGUACGGCACACGCACCAAUUGUACAACUUCCUGCGGUUCUGUGAGAUGCUGCUAAAAGCGUCCUGCAAGGUGAAAACGAUCCAUCUCCUCACCUCACAGGAUGAAGCGGACAGCCGCCAGCAGAGCAGCGCUCUGGCGGAGCUGACAGAGAGUCUGAGUGCUCUGGGACUGACUCUGGAUCUGCAGUACUCCUCCACGAUACACGACAGGGAGAUCAGGUUUGACAAUGGUUGGAUCAUAAAGAUAGGAAGAGGGCUAGAUUACUUCAAGAGACCUAAGGGUCGAUUCUCCAUUGGAUAUUGUGACUAUGACCUGCGGCAGUGUCAGGAGACCAAUGUAGACAUUUUUCACACCAAACACACAAAAACACUAUGAUUGAUUCAUAAAGCUUGAAUACAUAUCUAUUUUUUCCAUCGUAAUUUAGUUCCUGGCCUCAGAACUCACAAACAGAUCUGCUGUGUUGUGGGAUUUGCCUUAACUCCAACAUGCAUGUGAUCGGCCUUAUAACAACUGUGUAACUGAGCAGAUUUGAUCAGGUUUCACAAAAUGCUUUUCGUCACACUGGUAAAUAAUUAUUGUCCUUUUUUUUUUUUUUUUUAAAUAUAAGAGUUUUUAUGACUUAUUUUUUAACUUUUCUAUUGCUGUAUGCUUGUAGGAUGUCAUAUCGCCAUCUGGUGGACAAAUACAUUAAAACAUAAACAAAC